UAAAAAGAGAAAGAAAACGGAAGCGCAAGUAAGACAUGUGCGCGCGCUGAGGUGAGACAUGCGCGCGCAGAGAGAGAGAGAGAGCGAGAGAAGGAGAGAGAGAGAGGGAGGGAGGUAAAGUCACAGGCUCUCUCCGUCUCUUUCCUCUGCAGUCAGUCCGCCAGCUCGGUUCGGCUCGCUGCGCUCUGGCGCUUCUCCCUCCCCGUGUCUGAGUUCCGCAGAGCGCGAGCCAAACCGGGUUUUUCUAAGGAUACCGGCUGCCGCGAAGGAGGAUCCCGGCGCCGCUGAUCAUAUUUUGGACUCCCAAUGCAGCGUCUCCCUGGAGUUUUAUGUGUCGCCACGACCUUGGGGCGCGACCACGCGCGUUGAUGUUCAGCCUCAUCCCUCCUACAGCAAACCCAGCAGACCUCUAAUCUCUGCAAGAUUGAUGAGGCCUCGUCCAGGAGCAGCCGCUCUGGCUCUCUGUCGAUAAGGCAGCUCUCAUUUCACCACCUUUUGCUUGCCACUCUGUCCUGCCUCUGCCCCCCCCCCCCCCCCCCCCCCCCCCUACACUACAGCUGAGGGACAUGGGGGCGGGACUGGCACCGUGAGGGACGACGGCGCCUUUGAGCCACAGGGAAUCCUGCUGGAAGUACAGUAACCAUGAAAUGUCCCAGAACCAGGAGCUCCUCCUUGUCUGACUGCCACGCGGCAGCUGAGCAGGACCUCGGGGUCGGCAUGUCACUGUGGAACCGCCGGAGCCGCAAAGCGCCAACACCUCACCUCAGCUGAACCCGCACAACUCCGAGUCUCACGCGGGACAAUGUGCAACAUCUCCUUCUGUGAUGUGGACAGCAAGGUGGACCAGUUCUUCCAGCCCACGCUCUACAUCAUCGUCAUCGUUCUGGGGCUGCCCACCAACUGCAUGGCUCUGUGGGCGGCCUACCUUCAGGUCCGCCAGCGGAACGAGCUGGGCAUUUACCUGAUGAACCUGUCGGUGGCCGACCUCCUCUACAUCGCCACUCUGCCGCUGUGGAUCGACUACUUCCUGCAGCACGACGACUGGAUCCACGGUCAGGAGAGCUGCAAGCUGUUCGGCUUCAUCUUCUACACCAACAUCUACGUCAGCAUCGCCUUUUUGUGCUGCAUAUCGAUGGACAGGUACCUGGCUGUGGCGUACCCGCUGCGCUUCGCCAAAGUCCGACGGAUUAAAACGGCGAUCCUGGUCAGCUCCACCAUCUGGAUCAUCGAGAUCGUUGCUAAUUCUGCUCCUCUUUUCCACAACGAGCUCUUCCAGGACCGCUUCAACCACACCUUCUGCUUUGAGAAGUACCCCAUGCAGGACUGGGUGGCGGGGAUGAACCUCUACAGGACGUUUCUGGGCUUCCUGGCUCCGUGGACGGCCAUGCUGGUCGCCUACAGAGGCAUCCUGGCAGCAGUCAGAUGCAACGUCUCCACAGAGCGCCAGGAAAAAGCCAAGAUCCAAAGACUGGCCCUGAGUUUAAUCCUCAUCGUGUUGCUCUGCUUUGGACCGUACCACAGCCUUCUUCUGGUGCGGACUGUCAUGUUCAUCAGGAAGCCGUGUGACUGCAGCUCCGAGGAGACCAUGUUUGCGGCGUAUCACGUGUCGCUGGCGCUGACGAGCUUGAAUUGCGUCGCUGAUCCCAUCCUGUACUGUUUCGUCAACGAGGGAGCCAGGCACGACGUGGGCCGAGCCCUUUCAGCCUUGAUGUCCGUGACCUGCCUCAGACGCUCCUCCUCCUCGCCGUCACACGUCGACAUACUGAACGCCGGCUCGGUGACCAUCGACACGCCGCUGUCGACCAAGAAGCAGCCUUGUGUGUACGCUGAUGGCGGCAAAAGCGGAGGCUACAAGACGGAGCUGGUGGCUCUGAAGGAGGAGUGUCUACAGAUGACUAUUCUCAGCGUUAGGAAGUGAAUCCUUCAGGGGCGACUGAAAUUGCAAACGCACUGAGCCGAUGGUGGUGUUCGGCAUUCAGCCCGACAUCUAACUAGUUUGGGUAUCAAACCAGCAGUCGGAGCUGACGGAAGAGGGGAUUUAUCCCAUCAGGUGUCAUCAUACUAACGAUAAGGUGAAGGCCGUGUCACAUAGCCGCUACGCACAUAUUUCGCCUUUUCCAGGUAUGAAAUUUCGCUCUUUCAUGAUACGUGUUUCUUUUUCGGUUUUUAACUGUUCGGAAGUUUUGGUCGCCUGAGAAUUUGGCAGUUUUGGCGUAUUUGACGCAGGGCAAAUUCGUGGCUUUCCACGGCUGUUUAACGCAUGUCUGACAGACUUUUCACGCAUGUUUCACCGAUGUAUAACUUUAAUGAUACAUAUGUGAAAACUUCACCUAAAGACCACCACUUUUCUCCCUUUUUCCACGUAUAUUGACCAGUCUUUAUCCGUGCAAUAUGCGCAAAACGUGCGUAGUGGCUGUUUGACGCGACCUUAACCGUUCACACAGAGGACCAGUUUCAAAAGAAACAGCUGACCUGGAAGUUAGCAAAAAAACCCCACCCUUAUGCAAACGGAGGACAAGGCCAACUGAAGGCAGAUAAACGAGCACAAAUUCUGUGUUUUUCACCAGAAACCAUUUUCAUAGAGAGAAAACAAACUCAUGUCAUCUUCGAGGGAUUUCUAAAGGGAAGUGUCCAGUUUUUCCAACUUUCUGCUCUGUGGAAACUAAUUUAAGUCAAAGAUUUAAGAUAUUUAAGAGUCUGUGCUGAUGUCAGAGACGUCACCGGUUGUCAAGAACUACUUUCACAAAAACAGGAAGCGCACGUUUCUUGGUUUUCAGUGCAAAAAGUCUAUUAAGGGAGCUUUAACUUUUAGAGAGGGAAAUCAUGGAGAUAAAAGAUAAGAAACAAAUUAACGGUGUGUUCACGCGUCCCUCCAGUUCAAAGUCUCUGCAUCUGAGACUUCAGUGCGACUCUAGUCCAAGUCCCCGUCUCUGGCUGCUGUGGCUGAUUCCAUCCACUUCUGUGACUCAUAGACUUCAUCUUUGAGGAAGAGGAGAAGCAAAAGACAAAAAUCUGGAGGGAAUCUGCUUCAUUCUGUCAUCUGCAGACUCUGGGUUAAACCGUGAUCUCAGGUUAGGUCACACAUGUCAUAAUGUCUACAGUCCAACAUAUAAGCCAAUUUGUUGUUUAGAUUAAAUCCUCAUACAUUGUCCCAACCUUUGAGGAUUUGAACCUACUGUCUCCCACUCUUUGGGUGGACACUCUCCCACUUGCCCCCAGAGUCAGUGUGACUGAGCUUGGAGUUGACAUUCUACCAUUUGUCAAAAGCAGCAAAAGAACUAACAUGUUUUGAAAACCAUAGUGGUAUGACUACACUACCCAGAAUGCCUAGAGGGACCAAUAAGCAGGGGAUUGGUCAGAGGGGUUAAGGGGAAGUUUUUCUAGAGAACUCUUUUCUUCUUCAUGUCUUUUAUCUGCAAUAAUCAAUCAGCCUUUGCAGAGAGAGGAACACAACAGACAAUAUAACUUUAUUGAUAAUAACGUUCAGUUGUGACACAUAAAAUACUGAACCAUACUCUCACUUUUUCACUUCAUCACGUUGAAGCACAGUACGUAUCACUCCGCCAGGCUUCUGACUACAUCCAACAAUCCGUCAAGGGGUGUGGCUUCGUAGUUUACCAAAACCAAAAUAAUGGUACACAUAUCAUGAACUGUUGAUGGGUUAACUCUGGAAGGGCCCCCCCCUACAUUUACAGAGUCCACUAGGGGCGCCACUCAGUCCUUCGCCCAACUUUCCCCUUCGCGGUUAGACUGCGUAACAGUUCUUCUUUCUACAUAUGAAUUCCGCUCUAAAGUGGGCGUCGUCUUCUUAUUGACAGCUGCCAGUCAAAUCCCUUCAGAACUACAUCUGUGUUUUAGAUCGGCCAUCAAGCUAGUCAGAAAUAUUUGUCCAUUUUUGUUGGACGCUUCCUGUGGAGACGGAGACCUUUUGUCUAUCCACAUUUUUGACAAAGAUUGGCGAGAAUUAGAUACUCCAAAAAUGUAUAUUUUGUUAACUCUUACACAUAAAAUAUAUAUAUAUUAUUAAUAAAAUGCAGAACUUCUAGCUUAAUAUAUGAAAAACUACAUUUAAAGUACUAAACGUUCCUGACAGAUGAAGUACUUGUUGGUACCUGAGCCCUGUGUCAAAUGGUCCAUUUUUUAAUUGUUCUUUCAAGCUAAACGCAGUAAAGACAGAAGUGAUCCAAAUUCACCGUUUGGUUGAUCAAAAGGUCAGAAUAAAUGUUAACAUCUCACUGUGACGCCUCAUUCUGUCAAAAACCAAACAGUGACAAUAACGGCAGGAUGUUUGUAAGAAGUAUUUGAACAGAUAUUUGUACGCUGACAUCUUCUGAUGAAACAUUUGUGCCUAAAGGGCCACCGUAGGUUCUGUCACCUCUUGACGCCAUUCUCUAAAAACAGAAGAGACUUUUAUUUUGAAGUUUUAAGCCUGGCGAUGCUAAAGUUUUUGGGGCUUCCGUUCAGUGUGGCUGUCAGUCUUUGUGUUGUUGGUUUCUGCGUCGUGUCUGUUUGCAUUAUGGGAUGCUCCCUGAUGGCAUCUGUUUACAUUAUUUAAACCGGACGAACUUACCAACCUUAUGAAUGGAAACAGGAAACGCCCGUCUGAACUCUGUACAUCCGAGCGCAUGAGUGCAGCCAUGCUUUUGUUUUGGUUCGGCGAGCUCCGCCCUGUGUGCCACGGCCGGCGCUUUGGUCGACUCCCGUGUCAAUGUUGGAAUUAAUAAAUGAUGCAUUUGAAACUUUUGUUUGAUUAUUGAACACAAAAGAUUUUAAAAAAAAACACGUUUAUGUGGAAAAGUCUCACUGACCUUUGCCUGCAGCAGAAAUACAGUUAAUAAAAGGAAAUGUUUAUGAA